AUGAAGAAGGCCGUCCACAAAAGCGUUAAGGGUGAUGUUUUGAUUAGUGUUGGCUAUGCCAAUGUGUUAGGAUAUACUCUUCGAGAAUUUUUAAAGCUUUUGCAACAUAUCACCAUAGGAACAGUGCUACAAAUCAAGGUUUACCGAGAUUUUAUUGACAUACCCCAAGAAUGGCAAGAAAUAUAUGAUUUAAUCCCUGAGACCAAAUUCCCAAUUACACGCACAACAAAGAAAACUGAGGAGGCAAAAGAUGACUCUUUCACAAGCAGUGACGAGGAUGAAGAUGCAGUUUUAGAUAAAAGACUUAAGUACUAUAAAUAUCCACAGUCCACUGGGCACUACCCUGCAAGGAGACCGAUGUCUAUCUCUAGAGAAUGGCAUGGAUAUAAAAAGAAGAACUGUACUUUUAGUGUAGGAAAAGACAGUAACUGUGACGUGAUGAUUCACAAAGACCACAAGAAAGAAGUGAGCGUCCCUUCUCCAUACUGGACAAUGGUGAAGCAAGACGACGAAAGCUCCUCCUCCUCCUCGGCCUCCUCCACCUCAGAUGCAUUUUGGCUCGAAGACUAUGCCCAUGCUGAAAAUGGCAAGAGUGAACCUGUAUCAAAAGUUGGUUAG